AUGUCCGACAAGCUUAAACACAUGGCCGUGGCGGAGGCCAAUAGUGCCCGUGCAGCCUCCCACGAUGUCCUCAAAUCGGGCGCUUAUCUGUACCCGAUCAAGGGCAUUAUCUACUUCGCGACACACAAAGGCCUCUGGGGUCCGUUCAUGUCUCGCGCUGGACGAACAAUCAGCCUGGGGAUAGGCGUUACGUCAUUUAUGUUCUUCUUCACCUAUGUGCCCCAGAUGGCCAUCAUGGCCUUCACGAGUGGCCCAUUAGCCGCGUUCUCUGCGGGUUUACUGGUUCUCAGCGAAAGCUCGACCAUCACCAACAUCCUGUCGCGCUCUUUCCUGGUUGAAGAUGCCCUGCUUGACACCUUUGACGGCACUCUCAUUGCCCGCGACCUGGAGCCUCUAGUCGCGCAAGGGCGCCAGGUCAAACCUCAGUCGGGAGGAAGAGAUGCGAUGGCGAGGCUGGGCAAGAUGAUUUCGAAACCACUUGCCAGGUUUACACCCCAGGCGCUGUUCAGAUCGCUGAUCUACUUGCCCUUGAAUCUCAUCCCGGUCGUCGGGACCGUGCUGUAUAUUGCUGUCCAGGGAAAACGCCUCGGACCGGCGCUGCACACCAGAUAUUUCCAGCUGAAGGGGUGGAAUGCUCGCCAACGGGAGGAAUGGGUGUCGAAAAAUCGGGGGGCAUAUACUGGACUAGGGAUGGCGGCUUUUGCUCUGGAGAUGGUGCCUUUUGCCUCCAUUGCUUUUUCAUUCACGAAUAUGGUUGGUGCAGCUUUGUGGGCCGCAGAUCUAGAGAAAGAAACCAAAUAG